AUGAGCAGUUUAAUUGAAGAACCAAAUACAGACUUCCAUUUAAAACUUAACCAACAAUCAUUCUACAUCCCCUAUGAGCUAUUGCAGAAGAACAUUAGACAAGUAUAUAAACUGGUUGAAAAGGAAACGAAAGCAAUACAACGUUCAUAUGACUUAUUGAAUCGUCAUUUUGAAAGGAACUCGAUCGAUGAUGACAAGAUCGCCCUUGGCGAAAUAAGUGAUCUUAUUAAACGGAUUGAUAAAUUUGAGAAACAGCUAUCCAUUAGAAUUGAUCAUGAUUUGGAAUUGUUGGAUAGAAUUAAAGCUAGACUGGAUUUUUUCCAAGAUUUGGAUGAUAUUAAGGCGUCCUCGAAUAAAAAUAGACUAUUGCUGUGGUACCAGAAAUAUACUAAUUUAUUGAUUGGUGAUUAUCUUUUAAGGAAUAGUAGAAUAAAUACGACAGAGUUGGAAUCCAAAGUACUACUUGGAGAAAAUAGGAAAAUUGGAAAUGGAAAGGGAAAUAUUAAUAAAACAGAAAUGAAUUCCGGAGACAUUUUCCUGAAGCAGCAACAUUUAGAACAGCUUUUAGAUCACGAUAUAUUAAUAACAGCAAAUAAGAUAUCGAACGCUCUAACCCAAUCUCAUGAUUUAACUCCACUUUUGAAAUGGAUUAACGAAAAUAAAAUAUAUCUGAAGAAACGCAAUUCAAUAUUAGAAUUUGAAACAAGAUUUCAAGAAUAUAUUGAAUUAUUGAAACAAGGUUGGUAUCAACGUUCCAUUUCGUGUUAUCAGACUUAUUUAUUACCAUUCAUGAAAAAUAACUUUAAUGAUUUAAAACUUGCAGCAGGCCUGAUUUUAUUUAUUCAAUAUUCAAACAAUGGUAGAGAAGAUACGGCAACAUUAUAUGAAAUCGACGACAAUAGUAAAAUGAACAAACCAAGUCAAAACCUGAUACAUUCCAUCUAUGAAAAUAUAUUCAAUAAACGAAUACUUACUACAAAUGUCAAUACAGAUUUAAUAAAAAAUAACAGUAUGCACUUUUGUUAUGGCACAUGCGACACAGAUAGAUACCAAAAGCUGUUGAGUGUAAGUAGAUGGGAUACCUUGAAGAAAAUAUUUUUAGAUGAAUAUUAUACAAUGUAUGGUAUAUCCAAAAAUGAUCCUUUAUUAAUUUACCUAUCCUUAGGAAUUUCUACUUUGAAGACAAAGGGUUGCUUGCAUGAAUCAAUUGCUCCAGAUUUGGAAAAUGGCGAGUUACGUACAUAUUUAAGUGAAAAAGUUAUUACAAAUCAUUGUCCAGUUUGUUCUGAAAGUUUUGCAAAGAUAUCGAAGAAUUUACCAUAUGCCCAUCAUACUAAAUCAAGGUUGUUUGAGAAUCCUGUGAUGCUUCCAAAUGGUAACGUGUAUGAUGCCCAACGCUUAAAAGAUUUGGCAAAAACUUUGAAGAAGAAAGAACUCUGUAUUUUGGAGAAGGAACAAAUCAUUGACCCAAUUGACGGCAAGAGAUACUCUGAAACAGAUUUUGUGAAAAUGUAUCCUACGUGA